AACAUUGCUCUUUCUGUUGGUGAUAAAAUCAAUAUUUUCUUUAAACUGGAGGUGAACUUUUCUUCUUGAUACUCUGCCACUUAUUUCUGUGAUUCAUUAAGGCAAAAUGACUCAACUCAGCUGCCAAAUAAUGACAAAACCCAGUGCAGGUUCUGUGCAUUUGAAACGAUUCCUGUCACUAUGAAAUGUGCACACAUCUAUAUGCCUGUUUCCUUUGCCUCUGAUGAUAAAUCCACUUUAGCAUUGUCCUUCAAAGACAACACAAUUUUAUGUCUUACAAACCCACCCCGUCACCAUUUUACUUGAGCAACUUUCCCGUUACAUUUCAUCGCAGCAACUGUUGCUUCUCAUGAGGCGCUAUCAAUGUUUCAUAUCAAGGUGUCCUCUUAAACUGUAAUGUGAGAGAGCCAACUAGAACUGUUGAAUUAUACAUCGCCUAGCUGAAUGUAAGCAGCCUUUUUUUGUAAGUCCAAAGCUAUCUCUGGCUGAACUAAUUUCUGGGAAGCGCCGUGAAAAGCCCCUAUCUAUGGAUGAGCUUCAGGUGAAACUGAGCCCCAGGCAUGAUGCAAGAUCCCGAAAAGUCAGAUUCAAAAUCUCCUCUGCCUACAGUGGUCGAGUCUUAAAGCAGGUAUAUGAAGAUGGACAGGAACUUGAAAUCCCGCAGGUGGAAUAUCCUCAUAGUUUUCGGCACUGGAGCUUUGAACCCAAAGACGACUUCUUUGGGCUUGGUGAAGCCCCAGGACCCGGGUUUUGUCCAUCAGCUAAAAUGAAUGCACAGAGGAUCAGUGUAUUCAGAGAAGGCAACAAAUAUACACUGACAGGGAGCCCUUCCCUCUUAAAUGACCAUCAGGCAGAGGAGAGCCAUAUGGCCCAGGACCCGCACUCUCCCCACCUCACCAACCGGGCUAGAAAUGAAGGACACCACACCAUCAGAAUGGGAUCGAAUCAGGCCACAACUUUAUUGACUACAGAUGAAGAGAAUCCCCCUGUUUUAGAUUUUGGGAAGAUUAUCAUCUACACCAGCAAUCUGAAAAUCAUCCGAUCACCACUGACUAAGAAGGAGCUGGUGAGAAAAAUCAUACAGGACGAAGGACUCGAAGACUGGUCCUUCACAUACCAUGAAGGAAGAGGAGAAACUUGCAGUAACCCAAGUGAUGAGAACAUAAAGGAGACUGAAUGUGAGCUUGUUCACAACGAGCAUAUGCAGGAAGCAAAUGGUGAUAUCAGUUGCUCCCAGUGUAAGGGAUCAGGCUCUGCACCCUGCUCUGUGUGCCAUGGAAGCAAGUUUUCAAUGUUGGCGAACCGAUUUAAAGAGUCCUACAGAGCUCUGCGAUGUCCAGCUUGUAAUGAAAAUGGCCGGCAACCCUGCCGGACCUGUGUUCAAUGACUGUAUCUGCUCUCUGGCUUCCUUUUACUUCCCUUGUUUGCUUGUUUUGUGUAGAACAAGAAUCCUUCAAGUUUUUAUGUCUAUUGUAUUUACCUCUUUGCACUCAGGCUACACCUGCAGGUAUAAAAGUGUUUGUAUGCAGUGUUAAUAUGCUACGUAAGGUACCCAUUUAAAAAUAGCA